CGUCACAUCCCUCCUCUGCGUCUCACAGUCACCAACGCACGUUCAGAGGGAGGUAACGCUGCAGCAGGUCUCCGCACUGCUCCCCCUGUUUCAGCUAUGGUCAAGAAGAACUGUUCUGCUGGUCAGAAGUGGGACACCCUCGUCAACGACUGUGUCUCCAGGGAGAAAACCCUAACCAAGACUGAACCACCAACAGAACCGCCCCUGCCGGCUAUUGUGGACCAGGUGAGAAACACGGCCCCCGCCACCCAGGUUGAUGCAGUGACGGCGCUGAGUCCGGCGCUGUGGAUCUUCGUGGUGCUGGCCACUGUGGGGUCCAUCCUGGUUCUGGCUCUCUGGUUCGUCAUAUACAGACGACAAACCAGACCCAGCAGCACCCCAGGGGAGGCAGAGCCAGGACAGGAGUCGCUUCAGAAAACGGAGCCAAAGGCCACAAUCCACCCGCUGCCCUCAGAAAGAAACGGUCAGGAGGAGAUGUUUCUGAGAGCAGCAGAGGCCGUGUCCCCCUGUGCUCAUCUGCACCUGGGGGCCCAAAGGGGCUCCGAGCGGGAGGAGGGCUUCAUUGCAUGUAGGGGCCAUGCAAAGCAUGCUGGGGAAGAGGCAGGCAGAGGGCAGUCUGCAUGCAGCACAAUGAGGGAGCACAACAGACUCCCACUUCCUGCCACAGAGCUGGGGGGAACUGCAUUGGUUACAACCAAAACUGUAUAGAGCGUGCGUGUGUUGGAAAUGUUGAAUAUCUUUCUUUUUUAACACGUUUAAUGGUUAAAUAACAUUAAACCCCCCAUUUUUUUCCUUUUUUUACAGCUGUUGUUUUUUUCUCUCUCUACUGCUUGAAAAAAUAUGUUGUGAUGUACUUUGGUGUCCACAAAUAAUAUGACACUGUAUAUAGUUCAAUGUAUUUUACUGCAAAGUUUUGCCAAAAGAAAAAAGAAGAAAAAGAAAACUGCUCUCAAACUUGUGCCAUAUUUCAAACAUCAUUUAAUAAAACACAAAACAAAAAUCA